ACGGCUGUCAGCUUCUCACACGAUCCUCCGUCUCGCCCCUGCUCAAGAUAUGCGGAAUAGGUGUCUGCAACCGGUUACGGAGUACAGCUGCGAUUGACCGCUGCAUGACCGAUGCGACCCUGCUCGCUAAGUAGGUGGACUUACUGAAAGAUGAACUGUCACACCAUCGAGAGGGUAUUAUUCUGGGCCUAGCAUUCAGUCCUAUGCCACCGAAUCCUACAAAAUCCCCAGGGGAUACAAGCACAGGCCAACAAGGACAGUGCACGACUUCUCUCUAGAGCCCACAGAUCAACAUGCCAGUGGACAUCAGCUUCACCGAGAGGCUGGGCAACAUCGUCUCUCUGACGAAUGCUUUCAUUUCAGUGGGCAAUGACGGCGAUGCUGCUCGCAACAAGGCGAGAGAUCUCGAGGGGGAAAUCCUGCAGUCGGCUUCUUCUCCGGAAGAGUACCAAAGACAGCUUCAAGUAGCCCUACAAGCCUCACAUACGCAAAAUGUUCCGCCUUCGGACGUGUGUGAGCCUCUAGAAGAGCCCGAGAUAUUGAACCAUGAAGGACCCAGCUUUGGAGCUUACGAAUUCGCAACUUACCAUACCGAUGGGCAAACGUCGACCAUCUUUAAAGCGCAAGCGAAGGACGCAACGUCCACCGUUCGAAUAGUGGCCCUGAAAGUUACUCAUCCAGCAAUGAUGGCUCCGCCCCACAACUCGGAACGAGAAGCUCGGUUGCUUGUCAAGGCGCGUCAUGAGCAUGUGGUGCCUCUCCUAGACAUCAUCCACGAAUCAGGAGGAAAGUUCAUCCUUGUCUUCCCUUUCCUUAGGCAAGAUCUGGAGAAUCUGCUGAGGUCAGGCAGGUUGGACAAGAAGCAGGCAAGCAUGGUGUUCGACGGACUCUUCAGCGCCUUGGAACAUAUUCACGCACUGCGCAUGAUCCAUAGAGACGUCAAGCCGUCCAAUAUCCUGCUAAGGUCGAUGACGGGGCCAGUCUACCUGAUUGAUUUCGGUAUCGCAUGGUCUCCGGAUGACAAGGACUCGGAGCCGGCGGAUUCCAAGAUCACUGAUGUUGGGACGACCUGCUAUCGUCCACCAGAGAUCCUUUUCGGAGAUCACGCGUACGACACGUCGUUGGACAUGUGGGCAGCGGGCUGUGUCGUCGCAGAAAUCGUGAAGGAGGGCCACUAUCCACUGUUCGACGCCGGACCCUUGGGAAGCGAGCUGAGUCUGAUCCGGUCCAUAUUCACGACACUGGGAACGCCCGGUGCCGACAAUUGGCCCUCUGCAAGAGCUUGUCGUGACUGGGGCAAGAUGCGCUUUCAGGACUACCCGGCAAAACCGUGGAAUGACAUUCUCUCUGGGGCUCCAGUGUCCGCCAUUGAUUUUGUCUCCAGGACUGUGUGCUACGAAAAGACCAGGAGGUUGACCGCGCAAGAUGCCCUGCGUCACGAGCUGAAAUCCGUCAUUGGGAGGUGAUGAUGACGUCGUUAGAGACCGCAGCUUGUUGUGAGAGAUCUUGAGCAAAUACGAGGAGGCCUCUUUGCUCUCAAGUCUUCCCUGGAACGGCCAAGUUGUGGUCGGUCCUCAUGGCAGGCGCUUAUGAGGGUAUUUUACUCGAUGCACUGCGCCAACGGCGAGAAUGAUCGACAGGCGAUCGAUAACAGGACGGAGAUCGAAAACAAAGGCCUACCGAAUCACAAAUCAACAUUGACCAUCUGACAAAGAUCGAAUUACAAAGUGAGAGGGAUCUUGUUCGGUGGGUGGGACAAGAGCGGAGCACUUUUUCAUGUGGAAAUAUUGGAUGCUGAAGCGUUUAUCUGGUUGUUCCUUGUCGGCAAAUCUCGCGCGCUGGAGCUUCUUUGAUAUUUCUCGUGGCUAUUGUCCAUAGAUCCAAGACCCGUCCUCCACCACGCAUCCGAGCAGUCCGUGCCGAUGAACUCUCCCACAUAGCUGCCAGUCGUCGAAAUCGCCAAAUUGAUAGACAAAGGUUGCGAAAAGCACAUGCUGCAACCUAGACUGUCACCGAUCCCGGACUGGCACAAUCAUGUGCGACAUGGCGCCGUGGUGGCUGUGGUCUACGGAGUAACCUUGAUUGAGAAAAGGAGCAAUCUCGCUCAUCUCCCACUAGAGCUGCAGGUACAGGGCCGCCUAAACUGGAUUGGGGCCUGGGGCGUAGGGAGGCGUUAUGGUGGCUUGGGCUAAUGAGGUCUAAAUCCAGGCACACCAAUCAUGUGUUUUAGGGGUCCCUGCU